CUCUCAUGCUUGCGUUGCUCGGCUGCGGCUGCACACGGCGAAAGAUUCCCAGAGUCGAGAGGAGCGGCACCAGAUGAGAGGCAGACGCGAGAGGCAGCCACACCGCUGGAAGCUGCAGCAGGCUGCAAGGCACGGCGCAAGCCCUGAGGGUGACAGCCGCGGCGCUGCACUCUCCCUCCUGUGCGCGGCGCGAUGCCCUAAGAUAGCCUCGGCCCCUCUGGCUCGGCGCUGCAAAGUGGCAUGACGAAGCACCAGCCCUCUCCUCUCUUCUCGCCUCCAUCACCCGCGGGCGCUGUGCGCGCCCUCUCUUUUCUCUCCACCACCUGCAAGCCCCCUCGCUCCGACAAGACCUGGCGCCUGGUCGGCUGCCUGGCGUGCAAGCAUCCGCCUGCACGCACCCUCCGCAGCUCUGCCCUAGCGCGCCCCGCCGCUGUGCAAGAUGCGCGACGUGCUGCUUCCCGACGUGGCAGAUGCGCCUCUUGCCUGGCUCGCUGCAGGCACGCACCGCACAGUAGAGGAGCUCGAGCUCUCCGUCGAGCCGGCAGACGACGACUCGCUCAUGGCUUCCGCCGCCGCCUCCUCUUCAGCCUACGCUGCAGAGCGCUUCCACGAGUGCCAAGAGCAUGCGCGCUGGCACACCGAUCGCAUGGUGGAGCACGCCGCCGCUGCUGCUGGGCCCUCCAGCGGCGCCGUGCGCCACGAGCUGCGUGCGCCUCGCCCCAGGCCCGGAUCGCUCUCCUUCAACGAGUACGGACAUCUCUCGCACUCCAUCCCAGGCACGCCGCGCACCGGCUCGCCCUCGGCAAGCAGUCUGCGCGCCGUGUCUCGCCCGACCAGCGCCGCUGCCUACCGCGCACAGGUCGCCAGCAUGCAUCGCUCGCGCAGUGCCGCUCCCUCUGCCUCUGGGCGCGCUGCACGCCGCGUCUUUGAGGCGUCAUACGAAGGCGGCAUGAGUCUGCACGUCCCGCACUCGCGGCACAGCAGCUCUGCAUGGUCGCCGAGGCGCGAGCUCUCCGUCGCUUCCUCCUCGCGCCUGUCGAUGGCGAGUAGUCGACGUAGUUCCUACGAGCAUCGCAGCGGCCUAGCAGCCGCGCGAGAAGGCGCCUUGCUCUCGCCCACGCCGUCGAGCUCAGGGCGACGCUCCAUGCCUCGCGAGCACUCUCCACCGCCCAGUUUCCGCACGCAUCGCACCGGCUCCUUUGCGACGGCACGCUCCCUCUCCCGCACACGUUCUCGCUCGCUCUCUUCGCUCUCGUCUGCAGCUGGACCUACGCUCUCGAUGCGUCUGGGCAUGCACACUUCGCGUGCCUCGUCCGUUGCUCCCUCAGAGGAUCUGCCAACGUAUACGCCUCGCGGAGUCGAUGGACUGCCUCGAUAUGACGAGCCGCUGCCGGCACCACCUAUGGCGCACGCGUAUGGGGAGGGCUACUUUGCGCCUCGCCCCGUGGAGCGCCCACCGCCGCCUCACGUCUUCGCCUUUGCGCGCCAAGCCGGCUCUCGUGUCUUUCGCGCUGCCGCAAGGCGCUUCUCCGCCAACAGCAAUGCCAGCAGCCCAGCCGCAACUCCCGGCGCUACGAGCUCUGAAGGCGCCACGCCAUCUGCCAGCGCCUCGGCUAGCAGUCCUGCGUCGCCCUCAAUGGCAGUCACGACGCACAGUAGCGCGCCGAAUGCCUCUGCGCUCUAUCGCCGGCCGGCGCCGCCCACUGCCACUCCCAUCUGGCCGGCAACCACCUUCCAUCGCAGUCUGACGUCGGACUAUGUGCGCGUAGCCUACGUGCGCGACACUACGCCUUCGGCCUUUGGACGCACGCGCGAGACAGGCCCUCGCAUUGUCUACGUCCAGCGCCGACCCGCAUCAACCUCAGUGACGCCCACUGCCUCUCGCCCCGCUUCUCGUCCAUCCUCAGUACGAGAGGAGCCAGCCGUGCUGAAUGCGCGCGCAGCCGCGCUGCUCGCCAAGGUGCGCGCUCGCCUGCGCAAGGAAGGAGGAGCUCGCGCUUCGCGGCCUCUGGACGCCGAGUCUCCACCUGCGCCAGGCACGCCACUUGACUCGGACGGCCUUUCGCCCAGCACGAGUCCGGCGCUGACGCCGGCGAUGAGUCGGGGCACGUCGGGCAGUCAAGAGGCUACGCCCACCGGCACGCUUGGCGAAGGCGCACGCCUCACCCUCGUGCACUCCGCGCAGGAGGAUGCCGCGCCGAGGGCACGCCCGCCGCUCGUGUCGAGCAACAGUCUCUCCGCCAUCGUCUCGCUGCCCACGGCAGCUUCGAGUCGCGCUGAUGAGCCCGGUCCUUCCUCCGGCGCCGGCGGCGGCACAAGGCUGAGCGGCUUCUUCUUCAGCGGCGCGCGACGACGCUCCAGGCCGAGCACGAGCGGCGGCGAGACGACGUCGGCUGCCACGUCGCGCUUCCUGGGCCCGUCGAGACUGCACAGUCAGACUGCUCUUGCGCAGUGACGGAGUGGAUCCCCUCCUCUCGUUUCCGGAGAGCCCCUCUCUAACAUUGCUCCUCUAGACAUGCCUCGCCUCGCCUUGCCUCAUACCUCCCUCACGGCUCUCGCUUCACGCCUCACGUCUCCCGCGCUGCCCGGUUCCUCUCACCGCCCGCGCUCCUCAUCUCUCUCGGCACUGCGCCCGCUCUCUGUACUCUAUCGCCGCACUGCCUUGCCUAUGAACUCCUUGUCACACG